AUGAACAAGAAUCUCCGCAAGUCUCAAGAACAAAUCCCCAACAACAAGCUCUCCAGAAUCGAAGAACAUGACAACUCUUCUUCUGAUGAUGAACAAGACGAAGACGACAUCUUCUUGCAAGACCUCGAACGAGAAAACCAAAUGCUCGAAGGCGUCUUGAAAGACCUCCAAGGAGUCAUACAAAAAGAAAAAUAAUGACUACAGCUUCGAACAAACUCACAAGCCACCGAACAAUCACUUCACCAGUGUUAAGAGACUCAGCAACCGUCACUCACCAGCUAAGCAAGCCAGUCUCACACGGAACAAUGAGUCUAGGAUUCCGAGGCCGAGCACCAGAGAACCCAAACACAGGUUCAACAACAGCUCAGACAACGAAAAGUCAAGAGAGAGGACGCUUUCAAGCAGGAGGCCAUACUUAGGAGACACCAUUUCGUCCAAAAUCAGGAAUACCCAGACUCUGCAGCUCGAUGACCCCGAACAAGAAAGCAUGGAGCUGGAGCCACCUGUGCCUCACGACCACAUCAAAAUACAGAGCGAAGCAAUCCCAGCCUACAACAGAGGCGACACCGAUGAGCGGUCAGCUGCAGACAAGAUCCGAUCAUUGGAACUGAGACUUGUGGGAACCAAGAAGAGCAUCCAGUCUCUUGAGAAAGACAAACGUGACAAAGACAACUUCAUCAAGCAGCUCCAGCACGAACUUGACAAAGCCAAGCGGUUCAACGCAAGAUCUGAGAACACAGAUCCAAAUCUCAGACAAAAGAAAGGGCAGCUGAACGCUUCAGUGUCACUGCAGCAGAGAAAGAAAGAACGCAGUCUCGAAGACAAAAUCAAAGAACUCGAAGCUGUUAUCCACAAAGAUCGGAAGCACAUGGCGAGACUACAGAGUCUGAACACCCAGCUGAUCACCAAAAUCAAAGGAGUCGCCAACUCUGAGAAGUCUGCUCAUGAAGAGAGCACCAACUACGGCAACACUUUGAAGUCGCUUCGUCGAGAAAAUUCUUACUUGAAACAAAACAAAAGGGAAAUCCUUGAAGAAUACAAAGAGCUCAAACACAGCUUCAACGUCCUAGCUGAUGAGCACGAAGAGUUGAAGGCGAGACACAAGAGUCUGGCGAAGCAGAGCAAGAUAUUCGAGGAGAAUGCUCUGGAGCUGUACGAGUCGCACCAGUUGCUGACUGAGAAGUUGAUGAAAUACCACCCCAGAUAAUUCAAUAUCAGAUUAAAAUUUA